ACGGCGGGGUGGAGCCAAGAUGGAAGAGGAGCCGCUGCCGACGCUGCCGGAGGGGGAGAGGCUGCCUCGGUCUUCCCAGAAGGCGUUUCCUCCUCCUCCAGAGAUAGGCGUGCGCCUCUCUGCAAGCGGCAGUGAAAGUUCGGGCUUGUGAGAGCGCCUCCUCCGCAGGGGUGACCAUGGCCCUCCGGGGAUCGCUGGAGGGACGCGGGGGCCGCUUGGCCGCCGCUUUUUGAUCCGGCUCCUGCUGCUGCCUUCGGCGCCUUCCUCGCGAGCAUGUAGGAAGGGGUGCCGGGAAAUGCUCGGGAGUCCAGCGCUCGAAGGGAAGGUGCCCGGGCUCUGAUCCAAGGAAGGCGCGCGCCUGGAUCCCACCCCCCGCCACCCUCCCCGGUGCCGCGGAACCGGAGUCAGACCCGGCGGCAAGCCUCCUUCGCUGCGUCCUCUCGGUUUCGCCGCCGCCGCCCCUAACUCGUUUUUGAGCCCGGCAGGGUGGAUACGUCUCUUGCAAUGCCGGUUUGGAUGGUUUUUAUUUUGGGGGGGCUAAGAGACGGCGGGGCCCCCACGCCUUUUUAAUCCAUGGGUCCAGGGCUUGCGCUUUGAUCCGGCCAGGUGGGGCGGGGGAGUGGCAGCGCAUUUUGCGCCUCUAUUUAUUUAUUUAUGGUUCAUUUUUAAAUAUACACAUAUAUAAAGAUGUACACGUUUGUGGCACGGGAUGAGAACAGCAGCGUCUACGCGGAAGUCUCCAAAAUCCUGCUUUCCACCGGACAAUGGAAGAGGCUGAAAAGGGACAACCCCAGGUUUAACCUCAUGCUGGGGGAGAGGAACAGGCUGCCAUUUGGGAGACUGGGUAAGCGAGCUAUGGGGCUGACAGUUAUCCGGGCAAACGAGCUGGCUGGGUUUUUUUGCGCUCUCGAGCAUCAGGUUUCCGCGCAACACUCCUAAAGCUGCGCUUGGUUGUAUGAAUGGGCGCGCGGGGGAGGCAGCCGGCUGCGUUGGAAGCGAUACGGCGCCGGGUUUCCUCCCCCUAGACCUGCUUCUUAUGUAUGCAACUGCUUAAGUUUGGGUGCACAAGAGGAGGGGCGUGAAGGAGAGUGAAGGAGAGGGUCUGUCUGGCUCGUGGCGCAUAUAACUAGAUUUGGGUGUUGGCUACUGCAACCAGCGGGUGACUUGACUGUUUGGCAAGUCCGCUUGGGGAUUUGCUUUUUCGUGGGGGGGGGGGGUUGGAGGACAGAAAGAUACUGUACUGGCACAACGUCAUAAAAUUGGCAUCCCUUGUACAGUACCUUCACCUCCUGAUAUAUUUGUUAUCAGUGUUUUUUAAUGAACCAAAGGAUUGCGGCAGUUGUGAAACUAAUUUGGACUGGGGUGCUCCUCUUGGUAAGGAUAAUGAUGCAUUUGGUUGGGUCUCAAUCACAACAUAUUUCUGAAAAUCACAUUUCUAUAGGAAUACUUAGAUUUCUGCCCCACUUCUAAAGGAACCACUGGAGAGCAAACUUACCGUAUAUGGCAGCCAGUCCCUUAUUAGGUACCGAAAUGUCAUUUUUGCCUUUUCAUAUUAGACUGUGGUUAGAAGCAACCACAGAUCACCAGCAAACUGCCCUUUGGCAGGCUUUGUUGUACCUUGACCAUUUUUUUAAAAAGACUGCUGGAUCUCCCAAGUGUUCAGCAAAAGUGUUGUUGUGUGUGUGUCAUUGUUGAUGAUAAAAGUAACAAGAGUGUCCUUUAUUGAAGUGACAUGGGAAGGAUUUUUCCUAAGUUGGAAAUAGUAAUUAAGCUGUGCGCAAAAGACGGAUGAAUCUUAAACAGUUGUUAUAUCUUUAAUACAAAGACCCAAACACUUGGCAAAAAGAGUUUAGUUCAUUAACCUCCACUAUUUGAGUUGUUCAUAGUUACUGGUUGACUAACUUUAAAGCUGAUCCACAUCGAAAGCUGAUCCACAGACCUCUGGGUAUAGGGUGGUAUAUAAAUUCUAAUAAUAACAAUAAUUUAUGUGAACAAAAACGAAUGACACUGCAAAUUUCUGUGCUGCCUCUUAAUUUUGUGUAAUAGUCUUUAUUUUCUUCAGUGGGGUUAUUUUUAAAAUGCCAUUUGCGGACUCUUGUGAGUCAGGCAGACAAGACAUUUGAGCCUGUUCAGCCAAGAGAGAAUAAUGUGCUUUUGGAACAGGUGGCUUCUUCGAGAGAUGGAUUCCUGGGAGGAGAGAGAGCAUUAGGGGGAUGUAGGAAUAGUGGCGACAACCCCAGAGAGAACUGUAGUCCAAAAUACCUGGAAGGCACAUGGCGAAGGACAAGCUCCAUUGGUUGACUUUGGGGCAGGAUGAGCUUUGGGAGGAUGGAAUAAGUCCUGGAAUUAAAAACAAAACAAAACCAUAGAGUGCAUUGUACUUGGGAAGAAUUGCAGAAAUGGCUUGCUCAUAACAGCAUUGGAAAGUGCAUCAAGGAUUCUAGUAGGCCUGAAGCUAAGCAUGAGUCAGUAGCUAAAAAGGCUGAGUCAGGAACAAGUUCCAUAAUUUGACUAUUCACUGCACAAAAAGGUACUUCCCUAAAUCUUCCAACAUUCAUUCAGCUUUAUUGGAUGCCUACAAAGUCCUAGUGGUACGAGAGAGGGAGAAAAAAAAUUCUCUGUCCACUUUCUCCAUGCCAUGCAGAAUUUUAUAAGCUUCUAUCUUAUCACGUCUUUCUUUUCUCCGAACUAAAAAGUCCCAAACGCUGCAACCUUCCCGAACGGAGGAGUCUCUCCAUCCCCUUGAUCAUUUUGCUGGCCCUUUCCUGAACCUUUUCCAACUCUGCAAUAUCCUUGCAAAAAGGGGAUUUCAGCUAAGUAUUAGGAAGAACCUCUUGAUGCUGCACACUGGAACAAGGUGGAUGGCUUUGCUCUCAUCAGAAGGUUUUAAGCAGAGGCUGGAUGGUUCCCCUUUAGGGAUGUUGGGUUGCUGGCACUAGAUAGUUGGAUUUGUGAACUUGGUGGAUUCUUUCGCCUCUUACGAUUCCGUUAAUCUCAAGUUUUUCAGAAAAUCAAACUAGGAAAGAAGAGUCCCAGCCUUCUGCCACCCUACAAGGUAGAAGAUCACACACUGAGCCGUGUGCUUCUUUCUGAGAUAAAUGGGCAGUCAUAAUAAUAAACAGUCCUAUGUAUGUCUAGUCAAUGGGAUUAUUCCCAAGUAAGUGCAUAUAGGAUUGGGUACAUUCAUGGGUACAUGAACAGGAUCAUUAUUUAAGCAAACCAAACAAAUCCAUAUGUUCCAACUGCAGACUAAUCCUACGGAAAUGUAAACGUCAUGGAAACUAGCCUUGAGGGGAGUGUGACAGUAGGAUAGGCUCUGCAGUUGCUCUGCUCCCAACAUACAGAAGUCCUUCUCCAAGGUUAUGAGCUCCCUGCUUUGCCAUUUCAUCUCCUGUGUGGAUCAUGAAUCUCAGUAAUUGUUUUAACUGAUGCAUGAGUAAGAAUAGCCAGGUUCAGCUGCUCUAGAUAGGGGACAUACCAGCAGCUGCACCAACUCGAGGAGAACCCAAGAACGAGGACCAACUCAAGGAGUUCCCCAUCCAAGAUAGGUUGUACCUCUCCAUCUAGAUUGAUCACAUGUACACAGACACGGUACCUCCAUCUUGGUCUGCAUUAAGGACAGUUUCAGAGCUCGGGACAGCUAACGGAGGAUAUUCUCAUAACUCACCUCAUGUGGCCUUCUAACUGGAAGGAAAGAAGUGUGUCUUAUCCUGUUUGUGGAUUGGACACCUCUGCAAAACUGUUGUUGUUUAGUCGUGUCCGACUCUUCGUGACCCCAUGGACCAGAGCAAGCCAGGCCCUCCUGUCUUCCACUGCCUCCCACAGUUUGGUCACACUCAUGUUUGUAGCUUCGAGAACACUGUCCAACCAAACUACAACUGCUUUUGUGCUAGUGUUACUGAUGGAAUGAUUGCAAACAAAAUGCAAAGUCAGAAUAGCUGGCCAGGCAGCAGGACUGGUGAGCAACAAUUCAGACAAAGGAAGUUAGGACUGAUUGAUAAUGGAACAUGAGUCAGCAAUUAAGGAUGGUUGCAUAAAAUGCUAAUGGACUGCAUUAGCAGAAAGCUUCAUGUCCAGAUUGCAGGAACCAAUGCUGAUUUUCUUGGCUCCGAUGGGUUCUCAGCUGAUGCACUCUGUAAAGUUCUGGAUACCACAAUUAUAAACAAAUGAAAGAUCCGCCUUGUAGCCCUGGGACUUUUCCCAGCCCAAAUCCUGUUCCAACGGGGCUACAUUGUGCCCUUGUGUAAAUAAAGGGUGAAGCAUGGUCAGGCUAUUCUUGCUAGCUGUGUUUUGUUUUUAAAAGAAGCAAGUUGUGUGCUUCAGCAGUAUAGAAGACUGGGUUAAAAGAAUGAAGAAAGUACAGUAUAGCUAUAUUUUCAAGUUCGAGUUUGCAGGCAGAGCAAAAAACCUGACUCCUGAAAGGCGCUUAACAUGGAGCUGCUCUUGAAGACAGCUUGGAAGCUGCUGCUGGAACAGAAUGUGGUAGCAUAGCUUUUGACUAGAGGAAGCUACAGGGAUUGCUUAACACCAGCCUUGUGCCAACCUCAUCGUUAUUAGUUUGUCUCCAGGCCACAUUAAUGGAGUGCGCUUUCCCUAAAUGCUCUGGGUGUUUUUGUUGGAUUUAUCUUAAUGAGUUGUAGGUGUCCCUGCGCAUGUGCCUUUGCCACUGCAGCGUUAAAAGUGUGCUAACAGUACAUGCAAUUCAGGUUGUUACGAUUCUCAGCUGCUCUGAAGGCCAUAUGGCAGAAAGCGACCUAUGAACUUGAGAGCUAUUUAUAUUUAAGGGGUGGCGCUGUGGUCUAAACCACUGAGCCUCUUGGGCUUGAUGAUCAGAAGGCUGGCAGUUCGAAUCCCCGUGACAGGGUGAGCUCCCGUUGCUCUGUUCUAGCUCCUGCCAGCCUAGCAGUUCGAAAGCAUCCCAGUGCAAGUACAUAAAUGGGUAUCGUUGAGGCGGGAAGGUAAAUGGCGUUUCCAUGCGCUCUGGCACUUGUCACAGUCCUCCGUGCACCAGAAGCGGUUUAGUCCUGCUGGCCACAUGAGCCAGAAAUCUUUCUGUGGACAAACGCCGGCUCCCUCGGCCUGAAAGUGAGAUGAGCGCUGCAACCCCAUAGUCGCCUUUGACUGGAUUGAACCGUCCAGGAGUCCUUUAGAAGGUAAAGGGACCCCUGACCAUUAGGUCCAGUCGUGGCCGACUCGGGGGUUGCAGCGCUCAUCUCGCUUUACUGGCCGAGGGAGCCGGCGUACAGCUUCCGGGUCAUGUGGCAAGCAUGACUAAGCCACUUCUGGUGAAACCAAAGCAGUGCACGGAAAUGCUGUUUACCUUCCCGCCGGAGCGGUACCUAUUUAUCUACUUGCACUUUGAUGUGCUUUCAAACUGCUAGGUUGGCAGGAGCUGGGACCGAGCAACAGGAGCUCACCCUGUCGCAGGGAUUCGAACCGCCGACCUUUUGAUCGGCAAGUCCUAGGCUCUGUGGUUUAACCCACAGCGCCACCCCCCAUAGGAGUCCUUUACCUUUACCUUGUUACCUUUAUAUUUAAACAAUGCAUUAAGUGAUUGCAUGAAUAUGCCACAAUUUAAGAAGGAUAUUGACAAGCUGGAGUCCGUCCAGAGGAGGUCAAGCAAGAUGAUCAAGGGUCUUCAUUUCAUAUGUUAGUACAUUCCUUUUACUCAUAUUUUCAGCAGUAAACAAUACUAUUUAAAAAAAUGGUUUAAUCACUUUCCUUUCCUUUGCUGAACCCCUUCUGUUUGAAAUUUGCACCAGCAUGGUCUAUAAAGCAUCUCCAACAGGGAUGUAUGAUUGAUUGACAUAAUAAUAUUAAAAUUGCUAUCCCCCCCUCCCCCCAUUUUAUAUUUUGAUCUUAGCUGCAUGUAUCAGAGUGGUUGUUUUUGUUUUUAGACAUGCUCAGAUUCAUUCCUUGAGCCUGAGGGUAUAGAGUGCACCGCCUUACAGAUGUUGUCAGACUCCAAUUCCCAUCAGCCCCAGAUUAUAACAAGGGUUGCCUUGAAAAAUCUGUCUUUAAAUUCAGCUCUGUGCAAGGCCAGAUGUCAGGAUGCGUGAUUAAGCCAUAUGAAUGAAACUAAUCUUCGACAAAUCGUGUAGGAGGAAGAAAGGCAGGUGACACAGCAAGUGAAGAAAGAGUAAUCAAAUCCGGAUGGAAGUUCUGCAUAAUUUCAAGGGAAUCUUGGGCUUAGAUGAGGAGCGGAAUCUAUAAAUCUCUAUGGAACACGAAGUUCAACUUGGAUGUAAUUAGAGAGAGAGAGAUUAGAGAGAGAGAAUGAAUUAUUAAUGUGGUUAAGGGAUAUCCAUCCCCACUUAGGACUGCUUUACCCGAUAUCAGAGGCUGAAACACAACAUGCUAUCCUGGGAUAGGGAAACAACCAGAGAUAUCCAGACAGUCAGAAAAAUAGAGUACCAUAUGCUUCUCCAACAGAUGUGGACAGAUGUAGUAUUCUUAUUAUUCUAUUAUUAAAUUUAUAUACCGCCCUUCAUCCAAGCAUCACAGGGUGGUUUGGAAAAUAAAAACACAAAAAUAUAUACCAUAGUAGCAAACAAAAACAAUAACCCCUGCACACAGUUUAAAAGGCCAUUGAUUGUUUAAUUAGCCAAAGCGCUUGGGAGACGAUGAAUGUUAUUGCCUGGCACCUAAAGAUAUAUAUCAGAAGCGUUCUUGUGUGGUCACCUAGGAGCCUCAAAGGAUGAUCUCAGGGUCCGGGUCAAUUCCUAUGGGGAGAGGUGGUCCUUGAGGUAUUGAGGUCCUGAGCCACUUAAGGCUUUAUAGGUUAAAAACAGCACUUUGAAUUGGGCCCGGAAACUAAUCGGCAGCCAGUGCAGUCUGGCCAGAAUUGAUCUAAUACAGUGGACACUUGGGUUGCAAACGUGAUCCGUGUGGGAAGCACGUUCGCAACCCGCAGAGCCGCAUCUGCGCACGCGCGGGUUGCGAUUCAGUGCUUCUGCGCAUGUGCAAAGCGUGAUUUAGCGCUUCAGUGCAUGUGCAAGCGCCGAAACCCGGAAGUAACCCGUUCCAGUACUUCUGGGUUUGGCGUGGUGAGCAACCUGAAAUCGCACAACCCGAAGUGUCUGUAACCCAAGGUAUGACUGUAUGCUCAAACCGUCUUGUCCUGGUGAGCAACUUGGCUGCUGAAUUCUGCACCAAGCUGUCUUCAGGGGCAGCCCCACGAAUAAUGCAUUGCAGUAAUCUUAACCUAGAGGUUAGCAGAGCAUAGGCAACAGAAGUGAGGCUAUCCCUGUCUAGAUAUGGGCACAGCUUAGCCACCAGCCAAAGCUGAUGGAAGGUACUCUGUAUCACUGAGGCCACCUUGAGCUCAAGUGAUGGUAAUGGAUCUAUUAUUAUUAUUAUUAUUAUUAUUAUUAUUAUUAUUAUUUCUAUACUGCUCUUUAUCCGAAGAUCACAGGGCAAUUUACAAUAAGUACCCCCACUAGCAGUAACUACUUUCCACUAGCAGUGCCUCAAUCUUAUUUGGAUGGAGCUUCAGUUUGUUAAAUCAUAGAAUCAUAGAUUGUAGAGUUGCAAGGGAACCUGUGUAUCAGGGGUCAGCAAACUUUUUCAGCAGGGAUCCGGUCCAAUUUCCCUCAGACCUUGUGGGGGGCUGGACUAUAUUUUUUGGGGGAAAUGAACGAAUUCCUAUGCCCCACAAAUAGCUCAGAGAUGCAUUUUAAAUAAAAGCACACAUUCUACUCAUGUAAAAAAACACUGAUUCCCGGACCAUCCACGGGUCGGAUUGAGAAGGCGAUUGGGCUACAUCUGGCCCCUGGGCCUUAGGUUGCCUACCCCUGCAAUGGAUCAUCUCAUCCAGUCCCCUGCGAUGCAGGAACAUGCAGCUAUCCCAUACAGGGAUCGAACCUGUGACCUUGGCGUUACCAGCACCAUGCUCUACCCAACUGAGCUACCCAUGCCUCACAUCCAGUCCAUUAUCAAGGCAAGACACUGGUCCAGCACUUCCACUGCCUCACCUGCAGAUGUAAAGGAGAAAUAGAGCUGUGUGUCAUCAGCCUAUUGCUGGCAACGUACUCAUGUAGAUGUUAUAUUUUAUAUUUUUUUUUAUUAGUUUUUUAACAUAACAUUUUCAACAAUUAUUAAACAUACUUUUAUAUCUUAUACACUUUUUUUGACUUCCAUCCAUCACAUCUGAAAUUUUUCCAAUCUUCUCACCUAAUUUACAUUUCUUACUUUCACGAUUACAUUUAAAUAUUAUAACUAAUGUCUCUCUUCUUUCUCUUCUUUGCAAUAUUUCAUAUAUUUCUCCUUACAAAACUUCUUGUAGUCCUACUAGCGUAAUUUGUUGAUUACAAUUGCUCUUCAAAUAGUUCGUAUAUUUCUUCCAAUCUUCUGUAAAUCUCUGGUCCCGCAGGUUUCGAAUCCUUCCUGUCAUUUUAUCCAAUUCUGCGUAGUCCAUUAAUGUCGUCUGCCGUUCUUCUUUCAUCGGUAUUUUUUCUUGCUUCCAUUUCUGGGACAACAGGUUUCAUGUAGAUGUUAAACAGCAUCUUAAAUUGAACUUCGUGUCCCUUUAGAGAUCCAAGAUUCUCCUUCUUAUCUAGCCUGAGAUGAUUCCCUUGCAACUCUGCAGAUUUGCCUCCGGAUUUCGUUACUCUCCUCACUUGCUGCGCCAUCUUCCGUUUUUGCUCCUUCGUGAUUGUCCAAGUUUAGUUCUACCCUAACAGUUUAAUAACCCUUCUUGACAUCCGGCCUCGUGCAGAGCUAAACCCAAAGGCAGAUUUCACAGAAACCCUUGUUAAGAUCCGCCUCUCCUUCGGCAAUUAAAAGCACUUGGAUAACUACUGUGUGGGCUCAGUUGCGUAUUUUUUAUUUUCUUCCUUGUUUUAAGCACCAGUACUUCAGCUCUGUCAAUGCCCCCAUUGUUGCCAUAAAAAAGAGCUUUUUGAUCGCCCUCCACCACCAUCUGUGGGGAGGAAAGCCAAGAGCUCUGUUGAAUCUCCUUUGUCAAUGGUCUUUGACACAAUUCUCAACGUGAAUACAUUUGAUGAGGGAGGCUAGCGUUUUCGGAAUAUUUUCCUAGGCCUGCCUCACUUUCGCAAGCAUUCCCCACUUGGGAUUGUUCUUAUGCAGUGGUACCUUGGGUUAAGGACUUAAUUCGUUCCGGAGGUCUGUACUUAACCUGAAACUGUUCUUAACCUGAAGCACCACUUUAGCUAAUGGGGCCUCCUGCUGCCGCCGCGCCGCCGGAGCACAAGUUCUGUUCACGUCCUGAAGCAAAGUUCUUAACCUGAAGCACUAUUUCUGGGUUAGUGGAGUCUGUAACCUGAAGCAUAUGUAACCUGAAGCGUAUGUAACCUGAGGUACCACUGUAGGUUCUUAAAUUUCAACAAACGUCAUCAAACCUUGGCGUGGCUAAGCCCGGUUCUAAUGCCCAAUGUACUGUGCAGUGGGGCCCUGCAAAUAUAUCGCACAAGAGCCUUGACCAAUUCAUCCAUCGAGAAGCUAUUAUGAUACUAGCAUCAUGCAUUAUACAUGAGAAGCCCGGUGAAAGUUCGCCCGAGGUCAGUUGAAAAGCUACAUUCAUGCAGUUUUACACUUCGGGACAGUUCACACCAACUCUCACUACUUUCUGUGUUUCUUCCACCUUUAAAAAAAAACACCACUUUUUUCUUUUUAAUUAUUCUCAGAUGUGAUCCUGUUGCAUUGCUAGAUGUUUCAAAUGCGCAUUUGUAUAAUGGAUGCACACAGAGUCAGCCUAUUUGUCCGUCUAGCUCAGUAAUGUUAUUCUAGCAGCAGUUCUCCAGGGAGCUGGAGCGAAGAAAGGUCUUCCAUAUCACCUGCUACCCAAUUCUUCUUCUGUUUGUUUCGAGAUGCCUGGGAUUAAAUUUGGGACUUGUUUCUGCAGGCAGAGCAUGUACUCUACCACUGCUGAGUUACGGCUCCUCCCAUCCUAUAAGGCCCCAUUUGCACCGUACAUUUAAAGCACUACUGUACUACUUGCCCUUGAGGCUGACCCAGAAACUCCAGCGGGUGCAGAAUGCCGCGGCGAGGCUCCUUACGGGGUCCUUGCCGCGGGAUCACAUUCAACGGCCAACUGCACUGGCUCCCGGUGGAGUACAGGGUCAGGUUUAAGGUACUGGUUUUGACCUUUAAAGCCCUAUGCAGCCUAGGACCCUCGUACCUACAGAACCGCCUCUCCUGGUAUGCCCCGUGGAGGACCUUAAGGUCCACAAAUGACAACAUUUUGGAGGUCCCAGGUCGCAAGGUGGUUAGAUUGGUCUCAGCUAGGGCCAGGGCCUUUUCAGUACAGUGGUACCUUGGGUUACAUACGCUUCAGGUUACAGACACUUCAGGUUAGACUCCCCUAACCCAGAAAUAGUACCUCAGGUUAAGAACUUUGCUUUAGGAUGAGAACAGAAAUUGUGCUCUGGCGGCAGCAGGAGGCCCCAUUAGCUAAAGUGGUACUUCAGGUUAAGAACAGUUUCGGGUUAAGAACAGACCUCCGGAACGAAUUAAGUACUUAACCCAAGGUGCCACUGUACUGGCCCCGACUUGGUGGAACUCUCUGUCACAAGAGACCAGGGCCCUGCGGAACUUGACAUCUUUCCACAGGGCCUGCAAGACAGAGCUAUUCCACCUGGCCUUUGGUUUGGACUCAGUCUGACCCUUACGUUUCCCUCCCCUUAUGGUCUUGAUUUAUCAGCUACUUUAAAAUGCGGCUGCAUUUUAAAUUGCAUUUUAACCUGUAUUUUAAAUUGGGUUUCUCCCCCUCUCUUUUCCCCUUAUUAUGUUUUUACUGUGAUUUUCUUGGUGUUAGCCACCCUGAGCCCAGCUCUGGCUGGGGAGGGCAGGGUAUAAAUAAAAAUUAUUAUUUAUUAUUAUUAUUACUUGAAGCAGGCAUGAAGUCCUGCAAAGAACCUGGGGAAGAGUAGUUUGCUAAGGGUGCUGAGAGUUGGGGGGGGGCUCAUACUCUCCUCAAAGAGCUACAAUUACCAGAGUGGUCUAACAAUCAUUCCCCCUUCCCAGGGAAUUCUGAGAGUUGUAGCUCUGUGAGGGGACCUGUAAGCGCUCCCAGGAAUCUUUGGGCGAAGCCAUGACUCUUUAAAGUGGAGUGGUUCUGCUUUAAAUGUCUAGUGCAGAUGGAGCCUAAGUCACGGUAACCUAAGUCUGCUCACUACACACCAUACAGAGAAUUAUUUAAACUAUUAAAUUAUUCUUAUUCCAUUUCCACAUCGCUCUGUGAAUCUUCAUUUAACGUUCCCAUAAAAAUUCAUCAGCUUGUGGUGUUUUUUUAAUCAUCUGCUAAUUUCUCUUAAUAUACACAUUUAAUGAUUCAGUUAUGCCCAAGAUAGACAUUUCUACAAAGCAGUUUUACCUAACAGAAUGCAUUUUGUAUGUUAGUGGAAAUAACAUACAAAAUGCAUUAUAUAUGGAGAAAGAAUUAUUAUGCACACUUUGCCAUAGUAUGUUUGUUUCUGUUGUCAUCUUCUUCGGCGGUCACUCGUAGCCGAGUAAGAUUGUCUUCCAUGAAUGUGGUCUUAACAGUGAGUCUGUAAGUGACCGUAGAGGCCAAUUCUGAAUCCACACAUCCACAGUGGGGACAUAGGUUUCUAGGUGGGAGUUUAUCAUGGUGAGGAUUUGCCAAACGUGCCUUCCUCUUAGCUCAUUCCUCCCUUUCACCCUGAGUUCAUGCUUCUUCAUAAUGCCUUCUGUAAAGGCUGUUCUCCAAUUGGAGCGCUCGUGUUUGUUUCUGCAUUCAUUGCUCAGCUGGUGAACUUCAUAGCAAAAUUCAUUGAAGAGUGAAUUUCAGGGAUUGGCUGUAUUUCAGUUCUCAAAUUGCUUUGGAAAGUGCAAAUUAUGUAGGUUUGCCUUCCAGUGUGAACUGAAUCUAAGUUCUCUUUCAUCUCUAGGCAAAAGGUAGAUCGCUGGGUGAUUUGUAGUAGACGGGGAAAUCCUGCCUUCCAAAUUUUUAACAAUACCAGCAGAAACUACUGCCCAGCUACCCUCAAUUGAACUGCUGAACAGAAGAAAGCAUGGGAGUGGAUUUUUAUGUGAAAGGAUUGGCCUGUGUUCAGUUCUGAAACUCAGAACAGAUUCCUGAGCUCUGAAUUCUUUAAUUCUGAAUAUCUUUUGCACCAGGGUCUGCUUGGCGAAUCUUGAGGCUCUAGUAUAAAAGAAAGUAGAUCCCGUAAGCCUGACGUCGGCUGACCCUUGCUGUGUAGGUUUGGAAACGACUUAAGCUGCUUACGUCUCACAGAAGGCAAUGGGAUUUAAGCAGUCUGUCUGGGAAAUUGCAGCCUUUGUAUUAUCAGAUGUAAGGAUGCCCAAAUCUCUUCUUGCAAAUGCCCAAAUUGGCUUCUUCGUAAACGUGAGCAUGGCACACAUUAAUGCAUCUCUUCUUGUCUGUCCGUAUCUAUGUAUUGACCUUCAUUAUUCCUAGCUCGUACACUGGCUGCACUUUGACCUUAUAUUGUUAUGCGAAUGAGCCAGGGUUAAGCCUUGCCCCCAUACGCUCCCCGUUUCCUCCUCCAGCUCUGUUUUUAACUAACCACAGUUUAGUAUCAAGUCUGAACCCAGAAGCUUUACUCAAAUUAGGCAACUUCAAACCUUGGUUUAUCAAGCUGGCUUGUUUCAAUACACUGUGGCAAUAUUAACACAAAUUUAGGGCAAUUGCCUAUGCCUGGCUCACCUGACUUAUUGUUUGCCUACCUUCAGAUCUGACUGGGUAGAUAAGUUCUCCCUGUCCGCUUUAUCUACGCCAUGCCAAAUUGUAUAGACCUCUAUCCCCUCCCUUGCACCUUUUUCAAAACUAAAAAGCUCUAAAUGUCAUAACCUUUCUUCCAACCCCUUGACCUUUUUGUUUCCCCACUUCUGAACUACUGCUUCACACUGAAAGCUGGAUGGGGAUGGGGGUGGGUGAAUCACACUUGUGAAUGCUCCCUGUGUAAAAUAUUCCCUGCAAGUAUAAAUCUAGCAUAUUGCAGGGAGAGGUUCUAGGCCAGUCUGAUCCCUUCUGAGCUACUUUUCUACUUGCAGGAAUUUUGUGGGUUCCUUUUUUUUUUUUUUACAUAGAGAAACAUUCAAAAUUUUAACUGGAGUGUAUUUAUUGAGACCCACUUGCAGUUAGAAAUAAUAAUAAUAAUAAUAAUAAUAAUAAUAAUAAUAAUUUAUUAUUUAUAGCCCAUCCAUCUGGCUGGGCUUCCCCAGCCACUCUGGGCGGCUUCCAAAAAAAUAUUAAAAUACUGUGAUACAUCAAACAUUAAAAGCUUCCCUAAACAGGGCUGCCUUCAGAUGUCUUCUAAAAGUCUGGUAGUUGUUGUUCUCGUUGACAUCUGGUGGCAGGGCAUUCCACAGGGAGGGCGCCACUACCGAGAAGGCCCUCUGUCUGGUUCCCUGUAACUUGGCUUCUCGCAAUGAGGGAACCACCAGAAGGCCCUCGGUGCUGGACUUCAGUGUCCGGGUUGAACGAUGGGGGUGGAGACGCUCCUUCAGGUAUACUGGGCCGAGGCCAUUUAUAUAUGUUAUAUAAUCACCUCCACCUUCUGCAUGUGUACCUGAGACUUCAGUCUUCGUGGAUUUGUAAAGAGAUAAGAACCCUAUCUUCUAAGCCGCACAAUGAUGGGGUGAGGGAGUUUUCUGUUCUUCCCACAAUGACUGCUUAUACCACUUCAGUAAGGUGUCACUUCUGAUUUGGUGCUAACUGCGGUUAUUAACUCAGGGAUGGUCAUGCAGCUUGGGUUUAGAAUGCCACUUGCUAGCCUAGGAGAAGCCAAAAUCCUGCCUUCCAGAUGUCUUGUUGGACUACAGCUCCCAUCUGGCCCAGCCAGCAUGAGCAGUGGUCAGGGAUUUGAAGUCCAAAACAUCCUGUUCGCUCCCCCAAAUGAAAUCAGGAAGAGUCAUCAGCCUGCCUUUCAGCAAUGUGUGUUUAAGUACAAAAGAAAAGAUGUUACCGUGCUACCUUGGUUGUCAAACUUAAUCCGUUCCAGGAGUCCAUUCGACUCCCGCAACCCUUCGAAAACCAAGGCGCAGCUUCCGAUUGGCUGCAGGAGCUUCCUGCACUCAAGUGGAAGCCGCGUCGGACGUUCGGCUUCUGAAAAACGUUCGCAAACCGGAUCACUCAUUUCCAGGUUUCUGGCAUUCGGGAGCUGAUUUGUUCAGGAGCCAAGCCGUUUGAGUACCAAGGUACCACUGUAUUUCCUUGAGGCUUGGGCACAAGGAAAAUGGCUGGGAUUUUAAAUUUCACUUUCCCAUUCCACCGAACUGGGUUUCCACCUAAAAAAAACUGGAGUUCAUUUGCCUGGAUAAAUGUUUAUCUCUUUUUAAAAAAAACUUUUUCGUGCGCACACAUGUACACUUCCAAAUUCAAAAAAGAAAAGGUUAAGAUAUAAAAAACCUCUCUCUUUCUCUUUUGUAGGUCACGAACCUGGACUUGUGCAGCUGGUGAACUAUUAUAGAGGAGCUGAUAAGCUUUGCCGCAAAGCUUCUUUAGUGAAGUAGGUUUGGCUCUUUAUUUUCUUUCUUGUAACUAUGGGUUAUAAGGGAUCCUGUGUAGCACAUUUUUGUCAUUUUUUUCUUAAGUUACAUGGGAGAGGGCAGUUAGAUGCAGGAUACUGGGGGGGCGGGCACGCGAGGGGAGGAGAGGUUGGAGAAACUCCCAUUGUGCAAGCAGGAGUCCUUGCACAGGGCUGCUACAGACAUGAAUCUUACCCCUAGGAUAUUUACACCCUUGACAUUUGUAUUCUAAAAACUAUGUUUAUAAUCAUUGUUCCUUACUGUAUGUUAUGAACCUUCCUUAAAAACCCAUACCUUUUCUUGUGAAGGUGAAAUAAAUUACAGUGGUACCUUGGGUUAAGAACUUAAUUUGUUCCAGAGGUCCGUUCUUAACCUGAAACUGUUCUUUACCUAAAGCACCACUUUUAGCUAAUGGGGCCUCCUGCUGCUGCCGCGCCGCCAGAGCACGAUUUCUGUUCUUAUCCUGAAGCAAAGUUCUUAACCCGAGGUAAUAUUUCUGGGUUAGCGGAGUCUGUAACCUGAAGCGUAUGUAACCUGAAGCGUAUGUAACCCGAGGUACCACUGUACUGGGCCAUUCUGCCAUAGUUGUAUGUCCUUUUCGAGAUACAUCUCUUGAUAGAUAUGCAAAAUGUAGUAUAAACAACAAAGAGAUUUGUGGCACCUUAAAGACUAUAGCUUGCACCCCGUAAUUGUACAGUCAGUGCAAGGCUUUUGUCUUGUGUAGUGGGACUUCCUCCACCUACGCACGCCCUAAGUCUGUUCUGUUCUGCGUUUUCCCCAAAUCCCAUGGAGCAGAUUCGGGGAAGGGAGGAAAGUCCCUUUGUGCAAGAAAAUCCUUGUGCUUAUGGGACAUGAGAGCUGCCCUCAACAAAUUUAUUACUUUGCAAGCCUCCGUGAACUCAAGCUCACCCCUCUCCCUUUUUGCUGUUUCCUCUUAAUAGCAACAAAUCGCACCUUUUCCCCUGCAGCAGACCCCGCAAUUUGUUCCUUUCAACUUGUAAGAAUAUGAAACACAAAGCGUUCUUUGAAAUAAUAAAUGGUACUAUGACUGGAAGUCUUCCUUUGGCGAUCCGCUUUCAGACCUAGCGUGAUUUCUGUGAAGCCGCCUGACACGCCACUCUGAUUCUGGGCAAAAGAUGCUUGAGGGCUCGUUUUGAUGUGGUCUAAACCACUGAGCCUCUUGGGCUUGUCGAUCAGAAGGUCGGCAGUUCAAAUCUGCGCAACAGGGUGAGCUCCCGUUGCUCUGUCCCAGCUCCUGCCAGCCUAGCAGCUCGAAAGCACGCCAAUGCAAGUAGAUAAAUAAGUACCGCUGUGGCGGGAAGGUGAACGGCGUUUCCAUGCGCUCUGGUUUCCGUCACGGUGUCCCGUUGUGCCAGAAGCAGUUUAGUCCUGCUGGCCACAUGACCCAGAAAGCUGUCUGUGGACAAACGCCGGCUUCCUUGGCCUGAAAAGCGAGAUGAGCGCUGCAACCCCAUAGUCGCCUUUCACUGGACUUAACCGCCCAAGGGUCCUUUUCCUUUAUAUAGUGGCAUAAUGUAGGCCUUUUCAUGCUGCCUUUAUUUGCAUAUGGAGAUAAGCCUUGAGGCUGAGUGACUCGUUAAUUUCAAAUGAGCCUUCCUUAAAAACCCUGACCUUUUCUUGUGAAGGCGAAAUAAAUUACUGGGCGAUUCUGCCAUAGUUGUGUGUCCUUUUCAAGAUACAUCUCUUGAUUGACCUUUUGCAAAAUUAUAUUCCUCUUGCCCUUUAGUGCUAGAAAUCAAGCUGGAAUUAACUAGAGUAUCUUCUUCUACAACUGCAUCUCAGUUUAACUCUAGGACCAAAACUGAUCUUAAUCCUGCUAGAUUCCGACCCGAACCACCUCAGUAAAGAUGCUCAGCAAUUACCCUGCCAGGGUUCGGAAAACCGUGAAAAUUACCUGCGCUCAGUUCUCACCUGUGGCUCCUACAGGUGAAACUCGGAAAAUUAGAAUAUUGUGGAAAAGUUCGUUUAUUUCAGUAAUUCAACUUAAAAGGUGAAACUAAUAUAUGAGAUAGACUCACAACAUGCAAAGUGAGAUAUGUCAAGCCUUUAUUUGUGAUGAUUGUGAUGAUUAUGAUGUACAGCUGAUGAAAACUCCAAAUUAACAAUCUCAGAAAAUUAGAAUAUUAAAUGAAAUCAGAAGCUGUCAACAUGUGACAGUGGCCACAUCCUGGGAAAUGGCUUCAACAGGCCAGCCAAACCAGGUGAGGGGAGCCGAUGGGUCUCAAACCCUCAGUGAGUUAGGGGCUUCCCCUGCAUGCGAAGACAGGCUCUGGUUGAUUGAGCGAACGAGACCAAUAGUGAGUCCAAGGAUCAAGAAGGCGGUUUCUGCAUGUGCUGUAGAAGUAAGUGAAAGGCACAUGGGACUCUUCAGCCUGGAAAGGUAGCCCAUAUAGGGAUAUCUUUAGGAGAAGAAGAGGCUACGGAGUACCUCCAAAUUUUACAGCAGAGAGAUAUUGAAGAUAACAACUUGCCCCUUUCAGGAAGCCUUCUAAGUGGAGAUCUCUCCCCCACCCCCAUUCAGUAUCUGCAUUGGAUAUUGUCAGAUGGCUGUUGUGGUUGCUCGAGAGUAACCAGGCCAGACUCCGACCUGUCUUUUACAGGCUUUAUUUUGGUGCAAGCUAUUUACAGUGAAGAGCGUCAUAAGUUCAUGUCUGGCUCAAUCGCUACCAGAAUCCGGGAGUGGUCUGUUUUUGUACCUCCCCCAACGUAAAAGUUUCGUUUCCCCCAGCCGUUUCCGCCCCUCCCUGCGGCUCAGACUACUGCGCAGGAUGGGCGAUGGCAAGAGCGUGCUUCCCUCCUCUCCGGCUUGCUCAGGAGUGGUGUUACGGCUUUUACUAGCAUCCUCUGGUCCUUGCACCUCUGCUCCACUAGAGGUGGGGCUUUCCUCCUCACCGGAAGAGGAACUGCUUCGCAAGAUUUUCGGAGGCUCCCUGUAACGCAACUGCCCUUCUAUCUCUCGCCUCUGAGCCAAUGGCAGUUCCCUGACAGAUAUAAAUGUUUAUGUGUCUAUAUAAAUGGUUUUUUAAUAUGCCAUGCUUUUGAAUUGUGUUUAUAUAUGCAGUUGUAGUGUGAAACUGUUUUGAACUGGUUCGUAGGAAAGGGUUCGUAAAGGAACUAAAUGGUGGUGGUCGUGAUGAUUUGAAAGGUCUUUCAACUCCAGCGUGCCCUAUGGAGGGGAAAAACCCAACUCAAAUUAAAUCCUUGUCUCUUUCUUUAGACUAAUCAAGACAAGUCCUGAAUUAGCAGAAUCUUGCACAUGGUUCCCGGAGUCGUAUGUGAUUUACCCAACUAAUCUCAAGACUCCAGUGGCUCCAGCACAGAAUGGGACCCAUCAUUUGAUAAACAACCCAAGAACGGAUGAAAGGGAAGUUUUCCUGGCAUCCUAUCAGAAGAGGAAAGAAAGCGGAGAGGGAAGUGUGUGGAUAGCCAAAUCUUCGGCGGGGGCCAAAGGUUAGCAAAGAGAGUCUCAAAUUAUUGAGAUAUUUAUCCAAUAGAUGCUAGAGCAGUGUGACAGCUAAGAGGCUGAGGCGCAAAUCAAAAGAGCCACAGACCCACUCACGGUCUCAGUAUCUUACAGCAAAGACGUAAUAAUAUUGUAUGCUUUUUUUAAAAAAAGUAUGUCUCUUUUGUGUGUGUGUGUAUAAUUUUUAUUAAGUUUUCUAUUUUACAAUUUAAAAUAUUCAUUAAACAACCCUAAAAUGUCAUUGACUUCCCCUUUUCCAUGGUUCAAUUUGCAUAUCAUAAAUCCCUGCAUAUUUUACAUAAACUAAACCAUUCAGUAUUCCAUUAUUACUUCUAUCAAAACUUAUUUACACUGUUGAAUUUAUCUUAAUGCUGCCAACGUUUUCAAGUGUACACAGUCUCCCCCCAUAUAUUCAAUAAACAUUUUCCAGUCUUCUUGUUCUCUUAUUCUAUACGUUAGGCCUGCAAACUGCACAUAUUCCACCACUUUAAGCUGCCAUUCUUCUUUGGUUGGGACCUCGCUCUUUUUCCAUUUUGAGGCUAAUGAAACACGGGCCGCAGUAGUGGCAUACAUAAAUAGCCUUUUUUUGACACCUGGGAAUUUCCAUCAGAAUUAUCCCCAACAAAAGGGACACUGGUUUUUUUUGAAAAGUACUUUUAAACAUUUCCCCCCCAAUUCAUUAUAAAUCAUUUCCCAAUACCCUCUUACCCUUUUACAGGUCUACCACAUAUGAAAGAACAUACCCUCAAUCUCAUUGCACCUCCAAUACUUAUCUUAUUCAGUCUUAUACAUGUAUAAGAUGUAUUAAAAAGUAUGUUUCUACCCUGCUUUUUAGCCAAAAUGGCUCCCAGAACGGCUUGCAAAGAUGAGCAGUAAUAUUACUCUUUCCCACAGGCUUACAAUCUAAAAGGGAUGGCACACAAUGGAAAAGGGUGGAGGGGAUGGAAAGUCAUUGUUCUUUUUAUCUUAUCACUUCUUUGUUGAGGUGGAGGCUUGUACUUCCUGUCCAACUUCUUCGCUUUCGUCUUUUCCUCCUGGUUAGGUGAAGGAAUUCUUAUUUCUUCGGAGGCUACGGAACUUCUGGACUUCAUAGAUAAUCAAGGACAAGUGCAUGUGAUUCAGAAAUACCUUGAGAAGCCUAUGCUUUUAGAACCAGGUCAUCGCAAAUUUGAUAUUAGGUAAGGUCUUUUCAUAUUGAUAUUUCAGCUCAACAACCCACUGAAGUGAAGGUUUGGUGUGAAAGGCUGGUCAUUAAAUCUGAUUCUUCUGAACUGAAAAUUUUCUUAAUGGUUUUAAAAACACCGCCUCUGUAUUUUUUCCAACUUCUAGAAGCUGGGUGCUAGUGGAUCACCAGUAUAAUAUCUACCUCUACAGAGAAGGCGUUCUACGGACCUCUUCCGAACCUUACAAUAGUGCUAAUUUCCUAGACAAAACCUGCCAUUUGACCAAUCACUGCAUACAGAAGGAAUAUUCAAAGAACUAUGGGAGAUAUGAAGAAGGGAAUGAGAUGUUUUUUGAGGAGUUUAAUCAGUAUCUGAUGAGCGCUUUGAACAUUACUCUGGAAAACACAAUCUUAUUGCAAGUCAAAAAUAUAAUAAGGUAAUGUGUUUUACAUUUGUUAACAAUUGUUCCUUGAAGAUUCUUCCAAGACAAAGGUUACCAUUAUUAAUCAAUUUAUGAUUGAUUGGGGGUUUUUUCAUGGAUGCUUUUAGAAUUACGGUAUUGUGUUAAUUUGUUGUACAGUCGUACCUUAGAUCCCAAACACCCGGGAACUCAGACAUUUUGGCUCCUGAAUGCCACAAACCCAGAAGUGAUUGUUCCGGUUUGUGAACAUUCUUUUGGAACUUGAACGUCUGACGGGGCUUACGCGGCUUCUGAUUGGCUGCAGGCUGCAGCCAAUCAGAAGCAGCAAUUUGGUUUUUGAACAUUCCGGAAGUCGAACGGACUUCUGGAACAGAUUCCAUUCAACUUCCAAGGUACGACUGUACUUUAAUGUUACUGUUAGUCCCUAGAAGAACAGAAGAACUUAAGAAGGGUUUGCUAGAUCAGACCAAUGGGACAACCUGCCUGCCAAUUUUGUGAUGGCCCAAGGAGAUCAUCUGAUUGAGUCAAACUCAGCCCGUGAGGCUGAUCCUGUAAAGGAAUCUACCCAAAAACGGUUCUUGGGUGAAGGGCGGUAUAGAAAUUUAAUAAAUAAUAAUGAAAUAAUAAAAGCACCUAUGGUCUUCAGCACAGUUUGGCAUUUACAAAGCACAUAUAAAGCACAUAUUUUAAUUAAUAUUACUUCCCCCUCCUUUUAUAAAAACUCCUGUAGACCAUAAUUGCUGCCGGUACAAUAUAUGUCUUUAUGGUCGACAGUCCCAGCAGCGGAUGUUACUAUGCAUUACAGUGGUACCUUGGGUUAAGUACUUAAUUUGUUCCGGAGGUGUGUUCUUAACCUGAAACUGUUCUUAACCUGAAGCACCACAUUAGCUAAUGGGGCCUCCUGCUGCUGCUGCACUGCCAGAACACAAUUUCUGUUCUCAUCCUGAAGCAAAGUUCUUAACCCGGGGUACUAUUUCUGGGUUAGCGAAGUUUGUAACCUGAAGCGUAUGUAACCCGAGGUCCCACUGUAUUUGGUGUUUGUUAAAAUUGGGAUGGUUUUAGCAUGUACAGUUUGACAUGGUUUUAGCAUGUACAGUUUGACAAAGAUUUGUCAGUGUGUUUGGACUGUUGUUUUAUUUUCAGUUUUGCUGUUCUGUAAUUGGUGUGUGUGAUAUGUUUAAUAAUAAUAAUAAUAAUAAUAAUAAUAGUAAGUUCCCUGACCCUAGUGUAGCAAAUUAAACUUUUAAUGAUGGGCCACUGUGAAGAGUGAGUGUAUUCUGCCAUCCAGGCCAGAAUAAAAGCAAAUCAAUGCUUUUAUUUGCUGUCCUAGUCAUGAAUACCCAAUGGCGGAAUAAGCCCAUUGAAAUGAAUGGAUAUGACUAACUUAGAUGUAUUCUGAGUGUCACCUUAAUACAGUACUUCUUCCUGGCACCCAGUCAGAGAGGCAGUUGCUUCCUACCUCAGCUUAACAUAACUAUUACAUGCAUAACAACCUAACAUAAUGCUUUGGGCUGGGGUGCCGAAAUUCCAGGGGAGCAGAAAAUACUAUUUAUAUAUGUGACCAUGGCUGUGCAGAUGUUAUUUGCCCAGAGAUGGAAAGAAGAUCAAGUCCCUACCAGAGAAGAAUAGCAGAUCAAGUUGGUGGAUUACGGUGAAAUGACCGGAAGAAUCAGAAAUCAGGAAGACCAAAUUUUUUAAUAAGGAAUGGGGGAAAUUUAUAAUUUAUCUUAAAAACCAUUGUAAACGGUUAAAAUUGUUAGUAGGGUUGGAAUAACACUUGUCGUUUAAUGGUGAAUUUUGGACACAAUGGAGAGGUAAAAUAUUUGGAUUAAUAUAAAAGAUGCAGGAGGAAAUGAUUAACAAUAGGACCCACACAGGGGAGCAGGGAAGUCCAGCAGAUUUGGAUAAAAAGGUAAAGGGACCCCUGGCCAUUAGGUCCAAUCAUGACUGACUCUGGGGUUGAGGCGCUCAUCUCGCUUUAUUGGCCGAGGGAACCGGCGUACAGCUUCCAGGUCAUGUGGCCAGCAUGAUGAAGCUGCUUCUGGCGAACCAGAGAAGUGCACAGAAAUGCCGUUUACCUUACCGCCGGAGCGGUACCUAUUUAUCUACUUGCACUUUGACGUGCUUUCGAACUGCUAGGUUGGCAGGAGCAGGGACCGAGCAACGGGAGCUCACCCCAUUGUGGGGAUUCGAACCACCGACCUUCUGAUCGGCAAGUCCUAGGCUCUGUGGUUUAACCCACAGCGCCAGCCGCAUCCCUUUGAAUGUUGGAUAUGUGACUGUAAAACUUUAAUCUGAAAAAGCAAAUAAAUAAAUUUUAAUAAUGAUGAUGAUGAUGAUAAUGCUUUAGGCUGAUAUCAGGCGUGCUCUGUCCUUUUCCCCCCGCAGAAGCUGCCUUAUGUGUAUAGAACCCGCUAUCAGCACCAAACACCUUCAUUACCAGAGUUUCCAGCUCUUUGGCUUCGAUUUCAUGGUGGAUGAAGACUUGAAGGUCUGGCUGAUCGAAGUGAAUGGUGCCCCUGCGUGUGCCCAGUAAGUUCUUGUCACAUGCUGGCAUGCUUUUCCCGCAUGUGGGUGAGCUGUGUCGCAGUAUAGAAUACCCUGUAAAUUCCAGACCCUUGCUGUUUUGCUUUUUUUGUGGGGAGAUGGCGAUCGUGGACACACGAGCAUUUCUCUCUCCCCCUGUAAAGCUGAUGUAGGUGCUGGAGGUUUGGAAGAGAGAGUCUGUGGUUUUGGGUUUUUUUACUUACUUUUUUUUAAAAUAAUUUUUAUUUGGAUUUACAAAUAUAAAAUUAUAACAGUACAACCACACACAUCAACAGAUUCCUCCGAAUCUCUGGACUUCCCACCUUCUCCUCCAUGGGUCCCAUUAUCAAACCAUUCCUGCUGCAUCUUUUUCAAUAGUCCAUCUUUUAUAUAACUCCAUUAUCUCCAUAGUACUUGCUACAUUACAAGUGUUAUUGCAAUCCUGCUAGUGUUUUCAUCUGCUUACAGUGGUCUCCAAGAUAAAUUAUAAAUUUUCCCCAUUAUUUGUUAAAGUUUUUUGUCGUCUUGGUUCCUGAGCUUUCCGGUCAAUUUUGCCGUUUUGGCAUAGUCCAACAGUUUAAUUUGCCAUUCCUCUCUGGUAGGGACUUCUCUUCUUUCCAUCUCUGGACUAGUAGCAUCCGUACUGCUGUCAUCGCAUACAUAAAAAGUCUUUUAUGCUCCCUUGGAACCUACAAUUCCAAAAAGAAAACCCUCUGGUUUUUUGUUUCUUUUUAAAUAAAAGUUAAUUUAAACAUUUUUUUCAAUUCAUUAUAUAUCAUUUCCCAGAAUGCUUUUAUUACCUUACAAGUCGUGGCAGAGUUGUUAGCACAAUGGAGAUCGCUCCAAGCACAUUGAAACUUGGUUAGAUUUUGCACACAUACGCAAGGGUGCAUUGCUGCCCAGGGAAGGCAGGUGAGGUAGACGGGAUCUGCCGAGAGAGCCACUUCCCAGCCUCUCUCAACAGUGCCAUCCACACUGCACAUAUACGUGUGGCUUCCAGGAACCAUAAGCGUCUGUACUUCAUGUCUGUCCUGCUCUGCUACAAUAGGGGAGGGAAGGUGGAGGCCACAGAGGCAAUGAACCCCAGCAGCCCUAAAUCUUAAUAUUUCGAAAUUAAAUUGCCAAAGAUAUCAGCUGGUGCAUGGAAAGUUUUAUGCCGCUGUUUCUUUGUACUGUUUCUUUGCUAGCAACGCCAGAUACUAUUAGUGCAUGCGUGAAAAAUGACAAAUGACUGGGCUAGCGGUUAAAAAAAACAGGUGUCUUCCUGCAUUCCUAGACCCAUGGCCUGCUGUGUGUUUAAUAUCCUUAUUAGGGUAGCAGCAGCCUGUAUUCGUGAGGGAUCUUAGCUAGGAUUCAGAUUCCUGUUUCUCCCAGCUCCAUAAUAUCAAAGGAGAAAGACUGUUUGUCUUCCGGCAGUAGUGCUGAGGAUUUGUUUUGAGCCUUGGUUUAGGUUGAGACGAGUUAUAAAUAAAUAUUAUUAGUCAUGACAUGACAUUUCAACAAUACAAUGCAAACUGGCCCCUCAAACCCACAAUAUUCUUUCUUUCUUUUUCCAAAAAAAAAUUAUUGGUUUUCACAUUUAUGACAUAAAAAAGAAACAAGAAAAACAUUACAAAACACAAAAACAAAGAAAAACACACAAAAAAAUGAAUUUUUACUUCCAAAUCCUAAUUUCAUUACAUUGAUAACUGACUUCCUCGCAUCCCUUCUAACUGAAUUUCAUUACUGUUUAACAGUUCUCUGUUUAGCAGUUCUCCAAAUUCAUAUUUCUAAUAAUAUUAACUUCUUUCAUUUACUAACUUCUUCUCCUUUAUUAAUAUUCUAAUCCUUAAUAUUUAUUAACAACAUAUUCUUAUUCUACCCCUAAGCCUAAUUAUUACUUCCAAGAAAUUUCUCUUUAUAUUAUGUUACAAUAUUUAGCCAAAUAUUCUUUAAAAUUCUUCCAGUCCUCUUGUGUCUCCUCUUCUUUCUGGUUGCGGAUUCUUCCAGUCAGGUCAGCCAGCUCCAGAAAGUCCAUCAUCUUCAUCUGCCAUUCUUCUACACAGUAUUCUUUCUAAUCCCCCGGCCCCCGUGUCUGCUUUUGUUAGCCACACUGAUGACAGAACAUUGCGCUAUAAUAAUUUAAUUUCAGUUUUAGAGUGGUUUUUUAAAAAGGGGGUGGGUCUAGAUAAAAGGGGCUUCAGUAGUCCUUUGCCGAGAGAGGAAAUGAUACGAAAUAAGAUGUUCUGAAGAAUGUCACUGCUUUACGGUGCUAUUCUGUGUAUGCUUACUCAGGAGUAUGUCCCAUUUUGUUCAGGGGAGCGUAUGUCCUAGGUACGUGUACAUACACUCUGCUCAAUCAACUUUUCUAAUUCAAACUUGUCUCUUCUCAUUUUUUAUUUUUUAGGAAACUUUACGCAGAGCUAUGCCAAGGUAUAGUGGAUGUAGCCAUCUCUAGUGUCUUUCCUCUUAGUGACACUCCACAGAAGCAGAGCCAGGAACCAAUAUUUAUUAAGUUGUGAUGAUGAUCACAUUUUUUAAAAAAACACCGUCCACCCAAAACACAUGGGAGAACUGCAGCCUACGGAUUUUGGGGGGAAAACAGGAAGCUUGGAUCGAUCAUUUCACCUGCUCACCAGGCAGAAAGGAUACAGAGCGAUGUCUCAGAAAUUUAGAAGGGAAGCCAAGUUUCCAAGAAAAGUCCAAAAUGAACCAAAGCUGUCUCAUCAACGCUGUGUGUGUGUGUGUUUUGGAACACCUUUGCUUUUGAAAGGAUUAUUGCAAUGGAAGGAAAUUCUGUAGGAGAACAGCGCAACAGUUCUGCUUUAAUGUGAGCAAAAACAGGGACGUUUUGUUUUUCGCACCCCUCCAAUGUAAUAAAUUAUUUUAGCAAAGCAUUCUUCCAGGGAUUCCAUGGCUUGGAGGUUUUGUCAACUUGACAUACUGUUAUGUGGGUAUUGUUUUGUUCUGUUUUGUUUUCUUUCCUUCACCGGCUGCAGUUCUAGUGCCUUAGCUUUGUUCCCAAUAAGUAACUUAUUUUAUUCUUACUUUGUUCUGUAGCUUUUCUUUUUUUUAAAGCUGUGGGGUAUAAACUGCUCCUUUAAAAACUGUUAUAUAUAUGUGUGUGUGUGUGUUGAGUUUUAAAAAAACCUGUGGUGUUUUUUUAUUAUUGAACAUUACAACGUGCAGAAAACUAACCUGAAGGACUGCUAUCUCCCUUUUGACUCCCACCCCAAUAAUGCAGGAGUGGCCAUUGUUUGGCCGUCCAGAUGGACUACAAUUCCCAUCAUCCUUAGCUGUUGGCCAUUCUGAUUGGUGCGGAUGGGAGUUGGAGUCCAACAUCACCUGAAGGUUCCGUCAUCCCUGCUCUAAUACAGGCCGGCACAAGUCGUGACUUAAACAAGUCAAGGCAACCAACCUUGUUCCUGUGGCUUGGCAGACCCUUGGCAAUCUCUUGCAGACUCAGGCAGGCAGCUUUGAAAUGAAAGGUUUAUUAAGACUGCAGUCUUAUGUUCACUUACCUGUAAAGCUCAUUGAGACUGAUUUCUGUGUGAACAUGCAAAGCGUUGGGCUGUAUGCCUCCGAGACGUUGCCGUGCAUAGUUGAUAAUGGGCAGCAUUUAGCUUGGUUGGCCAGAGGUUUUGUAGGCCAUCCUUAAUGUAGCUUCCAUCUGUUAUUCCUCAGGAUCUGGUAUUGCUUUUUUAAAAAAUGGCACUGAAACCAUAGCACGUGUGUCCUAGCAUUAGGACCUUUUCCCCAAAAAACGUUCACAUCAUUUAGACUCCAAAGCUCUGUGUGUCAUUGGCUGCAGAACCCUUUUCGCCACCUUUUGUGUUUUAACUGUUUUCCCCCUUUGACUUUUACUCUUUUGGUUCGUUUUAUUCACAUUUCUUAACGAGGGGAGAUCACUGGAAGGGAACAUUGCCAUCUUCUUCUGUUGCAUUAAAAAACCCAUCCUUUUGCAUAUCUUUUCAUCUUAUUCUGACGCUUUUGAGGUUCCAAAAUACAGGCCACUGAUCCCUUUCCUGUUUGACAGAUGUUGUGGCUUGAUUCAGACGUCACAGCCAAACCACGGUUUGGUGGUUGUGAACCGACUUGGAAGUUCUUAUGCUUCCUCCUUUCCCUCAUAUUCCAUGCCACCAUUUUGGUUUGCAGUAGCUAUAAUUCUCCAUGAUUGCCCAGUGAGCAAACUAUGGUCGCCACAACCACUGGUUUGAGUCUCAAUCAGUAUUGAAACAAACCAUGGUUAGGAGGCAUGCUAUGGUUUGCGAUAAAGCAGUUUUUGCCCAAUUUGGACCUUACGGCAAAUUAAGUCUACUGUGAACUAGGUGGGAUGGAGUGAGCAAGCCCGUUCACAACCACAAAAUAAUUGCUCUCUGCCAUUAUUUCUCUGAAACAGUUCUGUAUAGUUAGAACUAGCAACAACAUUGCAUCCACAAGACCAUCCCAUAAAAUAAAUUAUUUUAAGAUUCAGUUUAUUAUAUAAAGAAGCUGGCAUUUGGAAGUUCUGGAUUCAACCAUAAACAUACUUACAUGUAAAUAAGGCUGAGUGCAAUAGGAAAAAAAGAUGCUAGAACUUUGUUUUUAAGGUAGUCGCUAUGGUCUCUUAGGAACCCAAGAGAUAGGCUAAAUUAGAUCUCGUGUAUCAUCUGCUACACUUGUGGUAUCCUCAGAAUGCAUAAUAUGAGAUUAGAUGCUGCUUGAAUACAUACUACCUGGUCCUAUACAUAUUUACUUAGAAAUAAAUUCUGCUAGUUUCAAUGGAACUUGCUUCACGUUUGAGAGCUUAGGAUCAAAGCUUCAGCUUCAAUAUUCAAGAAAGCUUUGCAAAAACGUCUGAGCAAAGCGUGGUGAGCUAUAAACUAUUAGGUCUUGUACUCAGACUUGUGCUUGAGAUUUCUCAGCUUUGGGGUUCGGCUGUGAUUGCACACUUAAAGCAAACAUUAACUGCUCUGCAUCUAUGACUCUUGUUGCCCUUGCAGACUUGGCUACAGAAGCAUGACUUCGACAUUUUAUCAAACCGGAUUAAGUUGCCUGACAAGUCAUUCAAAUGUUCGGGUGACAAAUUUGUAAGUUCUUCAGUGGCAAAAAGGUGCUUCCGACAUACUUAAUGUAGUGUGUCCCCUUUGGAACUAAAUGCAAUUGCUCUGGCUUAGGAGGGGUCAACUUUUAACUAGCCCUUGUUCUUGGGGUUUAACAGCAUCUUGAUGACGCUUACUGCUGCAUUGUAAACAUGCUGCCUUUGCAACUCAGCUUCCUACAAGAGGCCAGACCGAGACAGUCCCCCACUGCCUGCUAUUCGGUUGGCAACUCUUGCUGGAUUUUGGAUUGGACUGCAUGCCAUUUUAGACCACUGCUCCCUAUCAAUGUGAGGCCAUUGUUCCUAUGGUAAUAUGGCCUCACCUCUGAAUGGAAAAUGGCUCCCCAGGCAAAGAUGGUGGAAAGUGUCUUCUCCUUCCCUAAUAUGGAAGAGGCUUUUACUGGCAGAACAGGGUCAAAACAGAUUCACAUCCACCACGGCAGAACAUGCCACAACCCACUUCAGAAAGUAUUGGCUAGAGGAGAAGAUGUGAAGGCUUCACAAAGGCUGGGUGGUCUGGUCCUUCGAUUGACUGCACAUUGCCUCCACUUGAAGGGUUAUUUUCUGAUUUUGUUUAUGGAAGGAGGGGGCACUGAGAAUUGUGUGGGGUUGUGUCUUCAGAGUCUGAUUAGUCUAUCAAAGCAACAUCUUCUGGCCUAGAAGGUCUGGAAGUGGAGGGAUGAUAAGUUCCCUAAAGGCGCUUCCUUUUCAUCCUUGUCUUCCUCUGAGCUUGAGGGCAGACUGAGCCCUGAGAACAUUUGUCCCACUUGGUAUUGUGUAUUCUGGUUGACAGUGCCUUUCCACAGUCUCGGGCAUGUAUUCUAGCACUGAGUUAUGGAGCUUCUCCUUAACAGAAGCUGCUAUGGGCUCUCUGUUUGCUUCAGAGGAUUCCUUUUGGGUUGCAGAGUCAAUUCAUGUAGGAUGCUAGGCCCACACAUUCUGAGUCUGCAAGAGCAGAGAGCACACCUUGACACUCAUCCAGUGCUCUCCUUUGUAUAGUGAAGAGUGGCAUGCAAACUUCCUUUUGCAGAAGCUUGUCCACCAUGACUGAUCACCUCAUGGAGGAAGGAGGACCUCAACAAACCUAGUAUUGCCCAAAACAUUGCUCAAGAAACUACUGCUGUAAGGCACUGGGAAUUUUUCAGAUCUCAGAUUAGACAUUCAGCCACUCAGGUUUUAAUAGUGAGGGGUGCAUAAAUAUUGAAUGGUUUUAGGAUCAUGGCAUGAUAAACUAAGAAGUACAUGGAAGGAAAGUAUACAUUGUUGUCUCCUCUCUCCUGCAGCCUUCUGAAAGGCCUCAUGGAAUUGGGAAAGGGGGCUGAUGGGGGACAGGGGAUUGCCCAAACUUAGGUUGGGGUCGACCCAAAUUCAGACAAUUCUCCCUUUCCUCCAGGAGCCCAGGUUGUUUCAGAGAUUCUCCUGAACAUUUCAAGAUAGUUCUAAAGGGGGGAGGAGACAGGAAACUUUCAUUUCACAGUCUUCCUUAAUUUAUCUUAGGCUCUAAGCCCAUAACUUCUGCUUUAUUUUUCUGUCUAUUGAGACUUUAUUGUUGAUGUCUUCAUUUAAACAUUCUUUUUGCAUUUUUCCUCCAUUCAUCAUCAUUUGUCCCCACCAUCUAAUUGCUAAAACUGCGUUUGUUGUUCCAUUAACUAACUGGAUCUUCCCCCACAGUAAAAAAUCAUUGCGAUACGUAAUUUGAUAGCUGAGGAGAAAAGAUGUGAACUGUUGAUGGAACAGUUAAAAUUUCCUUGGAUUAUUUGCAUUUAAUCCCUUUUUUGCAAGUAGAAGAAUGUAUAAUGCAAAUUCGGUUAUUUAAACAAUUUUUGAACAUCCAGUACAUUCAUAAUUCAUUGCUGAUAUGACUUGAGUAGGUGACCUAUAGUUAUAAGUGCAUUUACAUGACCAUGGGAUAUAGUUCUCUAAUUUUAGAAAGUAAAAACUGGAUAAGAGAUUUGGAUGGUGGGCACUUUACCAGAUUUUGGAGAGUUUCCUGAAACUACCUUUGCAGGCAGACUUUGUAUGACAAAACGCAGCAAGCAAAAUGUGGUGCACAGCAUGACUCUUACGAGUUUAACAAAUGCAGAAUAACAGGACAGCACUUAAAAGUGUCUACUUGUGGACUUAGAAUUUCUGCCCAUCGCUAUGAAAAUUCCUUUUUGGCUUUGUAAUGUUUUGUGGGAAAGCCUUGUUUAGGAACACAAAUAUAGCACAUAAGUUUUUUUGCUUUUCUUUAAAAAAGAUCUCUCUUUAAAAAAAGGGCUGUGUUCCAAUGUAAGACAAUUAUGUGUAUGGCCUCUUUUGAUAUUCGGGGAUAUCUUUUCUACGCUGUAACUGAUUUGUGUGUCCUUUGUAUUGUGGUGGAAUCAUGCAUACUAGAAACCUUGUUGUGUUGUCAAAAUCCAAUGACUUGCAGAUCUUUUUUCCAGUAGGAUUUCGGAAACGGUUUUACUGCUCAGCCAAACCUUCGAAGCAAUAAGAGAAUGGAAAUUCAAGUACUAAGGUGUAAAUACCCACGUUCUUAGUGCAAAUAUCAUGUACAUUUGUUCCAUAAAAUGACUGAAACGUACAGUAGAUAGUGACAAGACAGACUUAAAUACAGGACGUGAUUGUGACUUGAGUGAAUGGACGAACGAUCUGAAGCAUCACUUUCGCAAAAAUGAAAAAUGGGUACAUUGUGCCCUGUUUUGAGAGAGACAUGUUGUCCAGUUUUAAAUACAUAAAUAAAAAGCCCAACCGUUCCGUGAAAAAGCCCAAUGCGAAUAGAUUGGCAUCUUUUCAUUUUAAAGUAGUCAGUGGCGUAAUCUGUCAAUUCAAUACAGUAUUUAGUGUAAUUUAUCCUGGUGCGAUUUGUCUUGCAUUGGAUACAGGAUUGUACAGAAUUUUGCAUUGGAUACAGGAUUGCAGCUCAGUCUGCAAUCCUGUAUCCACUUACCUGGGGAUAAGCCUUAUUCAACUCUGGGACUUACUUCUGAGUAGACACAUAUAGGAUUGCCCUCUUUUGCUUUAAUUUCUGGAUGAGGCCUACUCUGUUGAGUUUUUUAAAGGAUUUGCUCAAGUGGUCCAUCGCCAGCAGAAUGUGUACUUUACUGUUGAGGAGUUAGAAAACUCAAUUUCUGUGGCAAACAGUAAUUUAAGACUUAGAAGAUGGCGGUGUUGAAGUAGAAGCUCUUUUUAAAUGUAAGCACUUUUAGAAACAAUUGCCAGAAACAAUAGGUAAGAAAAUAAAAACAUUUAGGCUAUCCUCCUAAACAUGUUUACUUGGGGAGCAAGCCCCAUUGAAUACAGUGAGACUUGCUACUGAAAUAAAACACGCAUAGAAUCGAACUGUUACUCAGGGGUUUCCUUCUCAGAUGGUUUCCACUGGUGACUGACAUUUGCCCUCUAUCACUCUCCUUACAAGGUACCGUAUUUUUCGCCCUAUAGGACGCACUUUUCCCCCUCCAAAAAUGAAGGGGAAAUGUGUGUGCGUCCUAUGGAGUGAAUACAGGCUUUCGCUGAAGCCUGGAGAGCGAGAGAGGGGUUGGUGCGCACCGACCCCUCUCGCUCUCCAGGCUUCAGGAAACUGCGCAACCCUCCGGAGCCUGGCGCCAAGCCGCGCCGGGCUCCCAAAGGUUGCGCAGAGCUGCCUGCAUUCCGAAGCCUCGGGCAUGCUGAAGAGCGCGCCCGGGCUUCGCGCAGCUCUCUGCAAGCCUGGGGAGACCGGCGCGGCUCCCUAGGCUUGCGGAUAGCAGGCUGUUCUGGGGGCUGGGGUCGGGGGAAGCUCGGGCUUCCCCCGCGCCAGCCCCGUGCCUGGGGGGGGAAAUAAUUUUUUUUCUUUAUUCCCCCCCCCAAAAAAAAACCUAGGUGCGUCCUAUUGGGCGGUGCAUCCUAUGGGGUAUAAAAUACGGUAUUUUAGGCUCUGGCUAAAUCUCAAAAGCACUUUUUGGAAAACGAAAAGGAGUAAAAUGGCCACAGCAGGAAACUGGAAAAGCUGUCUGAGAAAGACGGCUUUUUAACCAGUGGCUUGUCCACUCCUGACAGUGACUCUGUGCCUUCAGUAGCUGAGCAGAAAUUCAAUCGGUGUAGCUUUACCCUACUCUAGGCUGCUCCUAUUGAAUUUCUGCCCGUUGUGAAACUGUUGAAGGAACGGCAGGGCCUCUUUUACAAAAUGGGUGGCAACCCUUUUAGCAAACAGCAUUCCUUUAUAUACAGGAUCUGAUGAGAAACAGGGAAAGGAGACAUACCCACCUUCUUCCCAUCAGGAUUUUCUUUUCCAAGUGGAUUCGUGUUUUAGCUCAUAGGGAAAAUAUCCUAUAUAAAACUACCCCUUCUGUGCUAAAAACUCUAAAAUGUGCUCCUACUACAAUUUAGGUGGUUGGCAUGCAAGUUAUUACAAACUCAUUAAUGAUGUUCCUGACCCCAAAACCAGUUUCAUUCGUGUGGGGAGCCUUGCAUUUUGCACGGUAUUUGAGAGUCCUCAAUACUGAAUGUGUAUGAAUGGUCAAUGCAUGUCUCAUUCUCUGAGCAUUGUCUGUUUAAAAAUAAAAAAAGAUUCUGAAACCAUGUCAUAUACACACUGUCUGAAGUUACAUCAUAUGGAUCUUUCAUCUUCAGAAUAUUGUAGCGUGUGGAUCUUUGUGUCUGAUGAAAUAUGUGACUGUAAGCAGUGCAUGGUUUGCUGACAUUCGUAUCCAAACCUCUCCCGAGCAAAUUAAAAAUAUAAGCGAAUUAAAAAUAUAAAACCUAA